UUUCGUCAUUCACAUUGCUUGCCGCCACUCUGCCGGCGCGGCCAUGCUGCGCUGGUCUCGACUCUCACGCUGGCGGCCACUGCGUCCGUCAACAUUGCAGGUGCGCGGCGUGCGCAAUCGGCCCCACGUGGACAAGAAGCGCGGAACGACGUUCACGGAGGUCAUUGAUGGACGGGAAGUCGAGCGCACCAUCUACAAUACGCCCGAAGAGUUGGCGGAGGUGCAGGCGCGGGCGCGGCGCGAGAUCGAGGCGCUGCUGGCCAACUCUCGGGUUGAGCUCGAAGACGCAGAGGGCGAUGACGGUGGGGAGGAGGGAGAGGAUGCGAUGAGAGACGGGGUGACGAGCGCCGACGACAUCAAGACCGUGCACGUCGUCGAUGGGAGGGCGGUUGAGGUGGAGCGCCGCAGCGUGGAAGAGGACGAGGAGGAUGGCAAUGAUGCCGACUACAGCCCGUCACCGAAUGCCAACUAUACCGUCCGCAAGGAGAAGCACCUCGUCCAUGGUCAAGAAGUGGAGACGGAAAUCUACACGUUUCCCGCGCCCGGCCAGAGCGUCCGAGAAAUGGACGCGGAGGAGCGCAUUGGCGAUGAAACGUCCUCGACAGCGGAGGAGGAGCACGUUGCAGCAAGGACGGUUCCCGCAACCGAACCACCGUCCGACCGCGGUGGGGCCAGCGCAGAAGCCUUGCCAGGCGCUACGAUGAGCCUGCGCGAGCCAGCCCCCGUCCACGUCGAGCCUGGGAUCGCUUCUUCCGACGCCGAUUCACCAUACCGCUACUCCUCGGAGCACGACUCCAGCGGCUACGACAUUGACAUCAACAUCGACAUCGAGGGCGACAACCCCAGCGACUACACUGUCGAAAUUGAGAUCGAGCCGGCCUCUGAGCCCUACAUCGGUCCGCACGGCACGGCGAUCCAACACCAGCGAUGGAUGGAGCGGCACCUUUCCGCGAUCACGGACGGAGAACGCACAUCAGACGUGAGCACGCCGCUCCGCGCAGCGCACGAGUUUCUCGACGGCCAAGCCGGAAACAUGGAGGAGCGGUCCGAAGCGUACUGGCGCUUCUUGCGAGAGUUUCUCAAACACCCUCUCGGCGGGCGUCCUGCACUCGACCUCGUGCGCAGGCAGGCGGCGGAGGGCGUGCCCUUCACCGUCGCAGGCGCCAUCACCGCUUUCAAGGCGGCCAGGAACUUCCGCCCGGUGCUGCGCGAGCUCCUCCCUAUCCUGCCGGCGGAGAUGACGACGGAGCUUAUCUACAUCUUCGCUGUGGCGCUCGUGAACGAGCAGCGCGUCUCUCCUGACGCUGUGAGGGAGCUGAUCGGGCAGAGCUUGGCGGCUGUCCGUGGGGAUGAGCGCGGAGUGGAGGGGCCGGCGGGGACUCUACCCGACGCCUCUUUCAGUCCAUCUGGUGCACAGAAUGCCGCGUCCGCACAAGCGGCUCCUUUCCCACACGCGAUGCGGACCCCACCGAGCAAAACGCGCGCCGAGGUGGCCACCAUUGAGUGGAGCCCAGAACUGUUCUUCCCCGUCAUCCUGGCCCACGUCCCGCACGCCGAUUUCCGUGGCGUACUACGAACGCUCAACGACCUCCGCGCGGCCGUGCGCUUGCGACGUGAGCGCACGAUCGCCGCCGGUGGAGCGUGGCCAGGCGAGAACGCGCAAGCAAUUACAAAGUGCUAUACAGCAGUCAUGAGCCUGUGGCUCCGCUCGCAGCUGGCCGAGGAGAAGAGCCACCUCGGGCGCGUCGGCCGGCGGCUCGGCAGUGCCGUACCGCACCGCCUCGCGGUGGAUCUCGGCAACCUCCUCGCUCCGGCUGCGGGCGUUUCUGCGCCAGAGGCAGGAGGUAGUAUCGUCGCCGCGGCGGCGGAGCCGAUCCUUGCGCUGGAUCACGCCCUCGACGCCGCCGAUACCGCUGCGAUGCGUGAUGAGAAGUACCACUUCCGCUACCCCUUCCUGAGCGCGUGGUUCAACGCAGAACGCGUGGCAGGCAAUGUAGGGAUAGCUUCGGGCGUGUGGGCCCUGCUGUCGGGGCAGAGCAUUGCCGCCAGCGUAGCUGGGCUUCGCCCUCCACGCACACCCACUGCGGAGGCGUAUGUCGCCCUCUUCCGCCUGCUUCGACAGUACCCGCCGGCGUCGUAUCGGCCUGUCGCCUCUACUGUCCUCGAGGGUGAGGUAACCACCGAGGUUCUGAACAUGAUGCUCUCCGCGGCCAGCUUUGUGCCGAAGCGCGCACGCACAGACUGGGCGGCCCUCUCGCCGCCGUGGGACCCGCCUGGCCGCCAGCCGUUCCCCGCGCCGGCGCACGUGCCCUCGCCCGACCUCCCGCUCAUCUUUGUUCUCGCAGAAGAGCAUACACACCUCAUGAACCACCAGAGCGUUAACAUUCUCUGUGCGGCGCUGCUGCGCGCCGCGCGCAUCAUUACGGCCGCGCGCGGAGCCGAGCACCCCGUGCUCCUUUCUGCGCCUGAGUCGGCGCUGACGAUGGCCGAGUGGAAGUGGCUUGAGCAGUCGCUCUGGGCGACGGAGAUGGCUGAGGCGCAGCGGACGAACCGCGCCGCGCACAAGCCCCCGCCCAUCCCCGUCGACGCCGCGGAUCUGUGGGACACAGAACGCUGGCGCGGGCAGAUGGCCGAGGGGGAGGGGCGCGCGCGCUGGUUGUUAGUAGACCACGUCGUGCGCCCGCUGCGCCGGCAGCUCGUGGAGAGCAUGAUCGACAUGGCGCGCCUGCGCGGAGAGAAGGGGAGCAACGCCGAGGUGUUUACGGCCGAGCUGCGGACUCUGCAGGCGCACAUGCGCCCGCUGGACAGCAGCGCGGUGGGGGAGGACAGGGCGCGCGCGCUCGCGGAGGAGCUCGGGCUCGUCGUGCCUCCGCCUGCGUUCGUCAAGGGCCGCAAGGACAAGUUCAAGAAGGGCAAGGGGCGGAGGGCCAAGGGCCUGACGCGGAGCGCUGCGAAUAAAAGCGCGCUGGACAACUUCUUUGCCAUGAUGGACGAAGAGUAACUGUAGAGCAUAAGACAGCCAAUGUAUCACCAC